AGACCCACCUCGGCAGCUGCUUUAUAAAGGCAGACAGAAAUUAAGAACUUAAGCCUUCAUCGGAAUCUCUCAUCUUCAUCGGAAUCUUCAAGAUCGGAACUUUCUCAAAAUCCUCCUCUUUUUCUCCGAACCCAUGUUGACUUCUUCGGGAUUCUCUCAGGUUUCGUCUCUAAAAUCGCCGGAGAACCUCGGGUUUCUUCCUGCCGAUGCGAUGCUGGUUUCCGGCGAGGAUCUGAAUCUGGGUUUCUCGGCCAAUCAUCGGAGAAGAAACGGGCCGGCGCCGGAACUCUUCUACCGGCCGGAAAAAAUGGCGAAUCUCAAGUCUUUGGAUUUGUUUCCUCAAGAAGCUGGAUUUGGUAUCUCAAACGACGUCGUUUCAAGCGUCUAUAAAUCUGCUACGGCGGCGCCUCAAGCUUCCCAAAUGACGAUCUUUUACGCCGGCCAAGUUUUUGUGUUCAACAAUUUCCCGGCGGAAAGAGUCGGCGAAGUUAUGUUUCUAGCAGGCCUCCAGAGCUCCAAAAUGAACAUCCCAGCCGCCGCUGUCGCUUCCGGCCAGCCUAUCUCGGUCGGAACUCCGGCGGAUUCUUUAAGCUCCAGUUCCCCUGUUUCCACUCGGAAGCCAACCCCGCCACCGCCUCCUCAGCCGCAGUCCGUCACCGGCGCUCUUCCGAUGGCUCGUAAAGCUUCGAUUCAGCGUUUCCUAGAGAAGAGAAGAGACAGGCUAACUCUGAGAGCGCCGUACCAGAGCUGCCCGGCGCCGACCAAACUCGCCGGCGACAACUCCUGGCUGGGUUUGGCCGUGCAGCCAUAGAUCAACCACUGUAAAAUUCAGAUUUGUUUUAGAUUUUAGAAGACUUAAAGCCAUUUUUGCUUA